UAACUGUAGGCAGCUAUAUAAGAACUCUCAGACACCUCAGAUCACCUUCAGGUGGUUGUCCCUCAGAUAUCACCGCACACGCUGAACCAGAGGCAGUCGAGAUGAAGUUGCUGCUAGCUGUUGCCGCUGUUCUGGCUGUUGCCAGCUGUGCCAGCAUCUCUCUGGAAGACCUGGAGUUUCAUGCCUGGAAGCUGAAGUACGGGAGGAUCUACCACUCACAGUCUGAGGAGGCUAAUCGCAGGCAAAUCUGGCUUGAGAACCGCAAACUCGUGCUGGUGCAUAACAUCUUGGCAGAUCAAGGAAUCAAGUCACACCGUCUGGGCAUGACUUACUUUGCUGACAUGGAAAACCAAGAGUACAAACGGCUGAUCUCUCAGGGCUGCCUGGGCAGCUUCAAUGCCUCUCUGCCUCGCAGUGGCUCUACCUUCUUCCGACUGCCUGAAGCUACUGAUCUGCCCACUAAGGUUGACUGGAGGGACAAGGGAUAUGUCACCGAUGUCAAGGAUCAGAAGGAGUGUGGCUCCUGUUGGGCCUUCAGUGCUACUGGCUCAUUGGAGGGUCAGACCUUCAGGAAGACAGGAAAACUGGUGUCUCUGAGUGAGCAGCAGUUGGUGGACUGCUCUGGGGACUAUGGCAACAUGGGCUGCAUGGGAGGUCUGAUGGACUACGCCUUUAAGUAUGUCCAGGUCAAUGGAGGGAUUGACAGUGAGGACUCCUACCCCUAUGAGGCUCAGGAUGGACAGUGCCGUUUCAACCCUGAUACUAUUGCCGCCAAAUGCACAGGCUAUGUUGAUGUGAACCAAGGUGAUGAAGACGCCCUAAAGGAGGCUGUGGCCACCAUUGGACCAGUAUCUAUCGGCAUCGAUGCUUCUUCACUAUCCUUCCAGCUCUAUGAAUCAGGAGUGUAUGAUGAGCCUGACUGUAGCAGCACCGAGUUGGACCACGGUGUACUGGCUGUGGGUUAUGGUACCGAUAGUGGAAAGGACUACUGGCUGGUUAAGAACAGCUGGGGUGUUGGAUGGGGAAACCAGGGAUACAUCCAGAUGACCAGGAACAAGAACAACCAGUGUGGUGUUGCAACUGCAGCCAGCUACCCCUUGGUUUAAACAGGCCCAGUUUCCUUGGUGAGGAGGAGAACUGUGAAAUGUAAUUUACGUUAAUUUUUGUGUAAAAGAAGAGCAAACAAACUACAGAGUCAUGUACGAGAAUGUCCUUUUGUUCAUUCUUGAAUGUUUUGGGGCACAGAGUCUGCCUUUGCCCCAGUGCACUUUUAAUAGAACCUCUUUUUAUGAAGAUUGUAAAUAAAUGUAAACAAAUAAAAAGUUUCAUACUGAUAUAAAAAUUA